CCGUCAUCCAUUCAACCGCAAACAAUCAAUCAGAUGAUCCAACCGCCACGAUCUCGUCGCCGGCAUCAAUUUAUCUCCACGCGUACCUGAAUUAAUAGAUUACAACUGCAGAGAGGGGGGUGGACGUAUAGUCUUAUGAGCAUAAUACAGUUGAAAACUGCGUCUUCCUGAUCGUCCCAAAGCUCCACCGCCAACUCCUCUAGCUUAUCUCCGCUGGAACAACAACCACCACAGGAUGACGUCUCCUAACCAGUCCGGGGAUACCAACUUUACAGUUUUCAUACGCCUCCCUUUUCCUCGGGGCGAUUUUGUGGAUCCUCCACCUGCUGAGUGGAACGCAGCGAAGGACCAGGCUCUGUGGGACCUACUAUCGCGGCCCUCUAAGGGUGAUGAUAUAGACUGUAUAGCGGAACGAUUCGAUGUAACUCUCCAGUUUCUCCUUCAACAAGCAGCAUGGCUGUAUGAUCGGCAAUUAUCACAGGUCCGCUGGCAGAUGCGCAAGGUGGGCACCACACAGUCGAGUUCUCCGUCCCCUGCUCCUGGUUCUGUAUCGGGAAGCACAGCGCUCGGCGGCCAAUCAGCCAAGGGUGGUCCUGGUGCAGCCCCACGAGUCCCCAGUCGUCUAUCCUCACAUCAAAAAGAUACACUCCCUCAACGAGGCCCGCCGCCACGUCGGACAAGCUCGGCAACUACAGUAAACCAAAUCAAAAUUUCGAGGGAAUCGCCCCGCACUGAAACCCCCGUGGAGCUCAAAGAUCCACGCUGGGAAAGCGUCAACCGGCGUUCAUCAGCAAGCAAGCGGGACCAUGCUCCAGUUCCAUCGGCACCAGUUCACAAAUCACCCGUCCUUCAGGAAGAAGACUUUAGUUCAAGCUCAGCCUCAUCAUCCUCGUCAGACGAAGACGACGGUCUGGCCAGUAGACGAGGACUACGAUUCCGACGAUUCGGCAAGUUCUCCACACAUCAACCUGGUCUUCGUGAUGACGAAGAAGACGAGGAUGAAUCACCCGCAUUUCUUCCGCUUUCCCGGGCCCAGCCUGAAGCUGCACGAGACCCGUCAGCGCAGGACCUCAAUGCAACUCUCCGGUUGCAAGGUGAAGAUCACGCGGGAGCACGACGCCGCACGUCAGAGCAGAGUCCGAUUCCAAGGGCAUCGGUUACGACCGAAUCAUCGACAAGCUCUACUAGUUCAGGGGCUCCAGUUACAGUGCCACGUCGGGGAGUGAAUAGUAUUCCAUCACCGUUGAGUUCAUCACGGAGGGGAGAGCUGGCCCAUCUCAGUCCCCGGAGGUUGAAUGCUUCUGGGAGGGAUGCGAGUGAUGGUACACCGAGUAUGGGAAGUAGCUACAGUGAUCUUGAUGGUGAGUCUCUGCUUUCUGUUUCAUUCUUAGCCCCGUUUUGGCUAACAACGACAUUGGUAGACGCAAGUGUUACGCAGUCGGCACUUGAGGAGGCUCUCCUGAGUAAUAUGCAACAUGGUGGUAUGGCGAGUCGCAUGAGUACGAUCAGUCAGGCGUUACGGAGUCGGUAUUUGUGAAGGUUGGUUUGUUACUCAGUCUAAAUAUUUGGUUUCGAGAAACCCACCC